UUGAAUUAAUCUCAUCGAUAAAAUUUUACUCUUCAGGACAACAUUCGAAAACGGAGCUUAUUCCGUGGAAUGGCAACAUAUAAUAACAAACACUGGCUCCUGUCACACAUCAAAAACUCCUUCAUUUCGACAGAUGACACUGGAAUUUGCGAAGCUGUGAUGCUAAGUGAUGAUCUUCUUGGCUCUUACUUGCAGCAGCAACUUCAAAAAGACGAACGAGACUCCCCGGUGAAGAAUGGCCAAGGACUGGCCGAGGAAUUUUUGCAGUAUCCUGGCUUGGAUGAGAAUGAAGAGGACGAAGUUGAACAAUCACAGUCGUUUGAGAUUCAACUUGGGAACAUAAGUUUCCAGCGACAACGCUCAAAUACGGCACAAAAACUGGAGAGAAUGGAAUACGAUCGUCGUCGUGCCUCGAAAAUCAAAAGAGUCAAGUACAAUGACAACGUCUCGAUUGACUUGGAAACGGAUUGUGAUCUUUUUCAACGAAAAGAGGUGCCAAAAAAUCUCAAAUUGACGUCUGUGCUGUCGGACCAGCUGGAAAAACACUCAAAAUUGCCGCAAAAUAAGUUUCAAGAGUACGCCAAAUACGACGGAACGGCACAAAGAGACAUUAAAACGUUCAAAAUUUUCCUCACAAUGUUGGGAGAGCCACUCAGUAAUUAUCCGCUCGAAAUAAGUGUCAUUUCGAAUGCGAGUAUUGAAGAAUUUAUCGGAUUAAUUUGCUACAAAUGCAGCAUUCAGAAUCCCGAUGUGCCGUUAAUGUCCGUUCGAAAUUACGGAUUGAACAUGGCUGAAGAGGACGGAGAUGUGGAUCCCGAUUUUCCGCCGCUGGAGAGCACGGAGCCUUGCAGUAAAUUUCAUUUUGGGUAUUUGGCGCUCGUGGAACGACGAGACAGCAACGGCGGAGACUCACCAUCCGUACGACUGGAUUUCCCGUCACUCUCGAUGACUUCCGAGGCCCAAAGUAAGGCCGAUGUGACGCUAAAUGACGUGCAAAAAUCCAGCAAUGAGCAUCUGGAGAACAUUCGGAAGAUGGAUUAUCACAAUAUGAUGAUCGAGGCGCCGCAUUACCGGAUGUAUCACGUGUACAAAAUCAACAAGGCGCGCAUGAAGAUCGAAAUUAAGCUCGGAGUGUCGGGAGAAAAAAUGGAAAUUGAUCCGGCACAACAGAAACCCAACAAGUUCUGGCCAAAAUUUAAGUCUGUGAGUCAUAGUAUGGAUAGUGUGGCGUGGUGCGAGAAAUUGGAAGAGAAAUCCAGCAAAACGAUUUUCCGAAUAUACUAUAGUUUGGCUUUUGGGCUGCAACACAUCCAACAAGAGUCGUCGAGUCCGUUACAGGGAUCAGCGACAUUCAAAUAUUACGAUUUUGAAGCAGAAACGAGUACAGCAAACGAAAUCAUCGAAAAAGUGAAUAAUAUUCUGGAGAUUUGUGCGAGCACGAGUCGCAGGGAAUUUAUCGCCAUGAAAGAACGACAAAGCAAAGGAUUACCGUUUAAGAAACACAAGUUUUAAAGAAAUAAAAUUAUUGACGAAUUAUUUAAGCAAAACGAGCGAAGAGUAGAAAUUGUACUGACUGAUGAAUUCAGAUUACG